GUCACGUGAUUAUAGCCCAUGUGAUCAGAGUAAACUGACAAAAUGGCGUGCUUACAAGCGACUGACUGCGGGUACCGUUUCCUGGUCCUGUUCUUCAACUGCAUGUUGACCUUUGGGUCAUACUUUUGCUUUGACAUGCCAAGUGUCCUGCAGGAUGUCUUCACAGAGGUGAACAACUGCACCAAUGGAUCAGGCUAUACCUACACUGAGAUGGACGAUGUCUAUUGUAACAACUGUACAGAUUGUUUGGGCAUGUCGGAUGCGAACUACAAUCUACUGUAUGCCAUUUACGCGUGGACCAAUGCUGUGGUAGUCAUUGGGGCUGGUUUUCUGAUAGACAAGCUUGGGAACCGAGUUGGAGUGUUUCUCUUCUCCUCCCUUUGUCUUCUGGGAUCAUCAACUUUUGCUGCCGGAGCUUUCCUCAAGGGCACAUCUGCUCUUCUGCCAGUGAUGUUGAUUGGUCGUCUGUUGUUUGGCUCUGGUAACGGAUCUCUCACCAUUGUGCAGAACAGAAUCACAGCCUAUUGGUUCAAAGACAAGGAGCUGGCAAUGGCCUUUGGUAUCACCCUGGCUUUCUCACGUCUGGGCAGUGUGCUCAACUUUUUCCUCACGCAGUCAUUUGAGGAAACCCAUGGUCUCACCUGGACCUUGUGGGGAGGGGCUAUACUGUGUUUUGUUGGUUUCCUGUCUGCAAUCAUUGUGUCCGUGUUGGACAGCUAUGGUGUGCACCAGUUAGGAGAUGACGGUGCCAUGAAAGUGGAAUCGAAAAAGUUGAAAAUCACUGACAUCAAACGUAUGUCUCUGUCCUUCUGGAUGGUAGCUCUGGCGAUCAUGUUCUUUUACAAUGGAGUGUUUCCUUUUGUGGCAGAUGCCAGGAUGUGAUUGGCAAACGUGGCUACCUGGCCUUGCUGACAGCUGUUUUGACCAUUCCUGUGUUUGGUUUCCUGGCUUUCAGCGACAUAUACCCCCUGGUCUCCACGUUGUGGCUGGGCGUCACAUACUCCUUCGCUGCCGCCAGCAUGUGGCCAAGCAUUCCCCUAGUGGUCAGUCAGGCUACCCUGGGCACGGCCAUGGGACUGACCACCAGCAUUCAGAUGAUUGGCAUUGGAGUCUCCAACGUGGUCGUUGGGCAGAUCCUCGGAGAUGAGGACAGGGAGGUACACUGAACUUGAGUCGCAAGCAGAAGCGGUUACUGGCCGCAGAGGCAUCAGAAAGGGAAGAGCCAUCUCUUCCUUCCUCGGACAAUGAAGAGGAUCCACUGUUGCCUGGUAGCAGAAGGACUCAGUAUUUACGGGAUGGAAACUCUCUCAAUUGAGAGUUUCUGGGAAGAUUGCUUGUUGUAAAUUUCAAGAUACAGUCUAGUAUGCAAAUAUAGCACAACACACAGACAGCAGGAAACGUACAUAGUGAACGGAUUCACGUUCCAAAUUUUUUCUUACUUGUAGUUGUACGUUCUUUGUGUUCAAAACGCGACGGACAUAGCAAAAUUCGUAUAUGAUAACGAAAAGAUUUCUUUGUCAGGCUGAUUUCGUUAUGCGUGUGCUAGACUGUCAUUUACUUUGUAGUCUCCCCUGAGAGUUCGCUGUGACAACCAAAGUCAAAUGUUACAGGCAAUUACUGAAAGUAUACACAGUAUUUAUUACAUUUUUUAACCCUCCAACUGUCAGAGGUGAAAUUCUGUUGUGUCAGGGAAUUUGGGUGUAUUUUCUCUACUGGUCACAAUAUCACUGAAAACAAUUUGAAAUCAAUCCUAGAUGUCCAGUAACCAUACACUUUCUGAAAACUCGAUGGUAUGACGAGACCAUGUAAAUUUUUAAAAAAUGUUCACUUUUAAGCUGACUUUGACAGUGACUUACAUUUCUGUUUACAUUUUUUUGAGGAGGUGAAAGUGUGCUUUUGAAAGAGCUAUAAAAAGAAAAUGGUAAAUUAUUUGUGAGGCAUUGUGGUGAAAUCAUGAAACAAAAGACAUUUUAAGUUGCGUCCAGACUGCUGAAUCUUUUUUAAAAUGAAAAAAAAAAAUUAAAUGAAACAAUAGUUGUGAACACUUUUUCCCGAAUGCUUUUCAAACUUUCCUGGCUAUGAAAAAGGAUGCAGUACCAAAUUUUCCUUAGUUAUAGGUUGAGAUUAAGUUCUUCUUUGGAUGUUUCACUUAAAGUUGAAAGUGGUGGUCUGGGUCUAGCAUCACACACACGUGGGUCGUACGCCCCAUUUCUAUUGCCACAGUCUUCUGUAUGACUUUCUUUAGUGGAAAGAACAUUAAAAAUAAGUUAGACAUUUUGUUAAUUCAUAACUGACGGCCCAGCUGUCUGAAACGAUGACAGUUGUUGAGAAUAUUUUUUUUUCAAAACCCAACAGACUCCAUUGUUUUUGGCCUGCGCAAACUUUGAUAUACUCCUUUCUUAUUCUAUUGCCGAAGAGGAAGCAAACCUUUUCUGAGUUGAAACACACUGGUUUAGUGAUUCACAAAGUGGAGCAAUGAGUCCGAUAUAGUGGCUAAGUUAAAGCCAGUUAUAUCGGUCAUGACAAGGCUGCGAUAAAUCUACGGCUAAAUAAAAACGGCGGACGACGCUUGGAGGGUUAAAACUUUGAAACUGUACUCUGGCUUUUUCGAGACAUUCCUGUACAUGUUUUUGAUUUGAGCAUGUUUACAGUAUGCAUGUACUUUGUGCAAUUUCUUUUGUGUUACACAAAAGUGUAUUAGAUUUGUCAAGUUGUCAGCUACCCUUUUGUCUGUUUGAAUGACGGUACUGGAUAUGUCUCUGAUUUGUAGAUGUUCUUUAGGGGAACUGGAUACUAGUCUCAUUCGUGCAUUUGUUUUGACUCAGGGAAGGAAUUGUGACAGAGAUGAUUGGGACUGGCUCUGCUCGUUACUGACAUAUAUGUAUGGCAAAUUUCAGCUGGUGUCUUGUAUACUUACUUAUCCCUUAUUUAAUAUGAUUGAUGGAUUAUUUUUUCUUUCUGUCUUAAAAAAAAAAAA